ACGAAUGCACUGUGAAUACAUCGUCCUGUGAUUCUGUAAAUGGAGUGUGUAAGAACUCAGUCGGCUCGUACAUCUGUCCAAGUAACUCUGGAUAUGAAUUACGCGAUAAUGGCAUUACUUGCAGUGAUAUUGACGAAUGCACUGUGAAUACAUGGUCCUGUGAUUCUUUAAAUGGAGUGUGUAGGAACUCAGUCGGCUCGUACUUCUGUUCAUGUAACUCUGGAUAUGAAUUACGCGAUGAUGGCAUUGCUUGCAGUGAUAUUGACGAAUGCACUGUGAAUACAUCGUCCUGUGAUUCUGUGAAUGGAGUGUGUAGGAACUCAGUCGGCUCGUACAUCUGUUCAUGUAACUCUGGAUAUGAAUUACGCGAUGAUGGCAUUGCUUGCAGUGUCCCAUGCCCAGCGGAAGAAGUUUCCCAUGGGAGAUUAAUUUACACAACCCCUGAUGGAGUUAAUAAGCAUGAUCACCCUCUUCAUGGAGACACCCGGCUCCUUCGAUGCGGCUCAGGUUACAGGUCAAGAAGCUUCAAUAGAAGUCGAUGUGAUAAUGGAGUAUGGGUGGAAGGCAGUCGUGAUAUCCAAUGUCAUCCAAAGCCGUGCGACCCUAUCCGAGAAACAAUGGGUCUUGUUAACUACACCAGAAAAGCUGAGCGAAAUGGAAAAUGCAGCCAUGGAACAGUGGUAACUGUCAAUUGUGAUUCUGGAUACGUACCUGCAUUUGGUAAUGGAACAUCCGUCUGCAAUGCCUCCCGAUGGUGGAAAGUUAUUCCUACGUGCACACAAUCACGUAACAAACUCCUAGACCCACAUACCCAAACCUCUCAAACACCAACUAAGAAUAAGAAUAAUCGAGCUGUAGUAAGCAAUGCAUGGUUGGCCAGGGAUGGUAAUACCGACAGUGCUCCGCAGUUUUGCUCAAGAACACCGUUGACCUACCAUCCAUGGUGGAAGGCUGUCCUGAAGAAUAUCUAUAAUAUCACCCUGGUGAAAAUUUACAAUCGUCUUGAUAGGGAAGAUCACAGAUUUGAUCUGGUGGGUGCAGAAAUAAGAGUAGGGGUGAAUGAAGAUUACACCACAAACCUGCUGUGUGGAGAGCCAGUCACCCGACGCCAAAUCGAGAAUAGUACUGAGGCAAACCAUGGGAUAACAAUAAUAUGUGAGAGAGAGGGUAUCACCGGUAUCAGGGGUAACAUCAUCAGUGUGCACAUUCCAAAAAUAAAUGAGAGACGAGAGCUCAGUCUGUGCGAGGUUGAGGUCUAUCAACAAGGAGAACCUAUACCAGCACGAUCUUGCAAAGCGCCAGACCUCCCAGAUCAUAUGACACCUUUACGAUCUCGCUUUCCUCAUGGUACGCUUCUCAAUGUCUCGUGUGAAGAUGGGUUUCAGCUUAGUACGAACCAAGAACUGCCAAGAUGCCAUGAAGGUGACUGGAGCCCACCCUUAGCUGCAACAUGUCAGAGAGGCAGGCAAUGGAAUGUCAAAUGA